CGCGCACCAUACCACGGCGCACGCGCCAAUGUUACCGCUACAACCUAUUUGGUUCACAUAGAGGUUGUAUAGGAACAUCUUAAAUAAAAAUAAAUUAAAAAAUAAAACGUCGAGUUCGAAAUUCAUAAAUCGAAGCGAACGUGAUUGACAAUAUUUCGAAUUCCGCGCGUCUAUUUUUGAUUGGCGGGAUCUCGUAGUGUUGCAAAUUGAAAAUUUGAGGUGAUUAUUACGAAGUGUUUUGCAGUCUUGGAAUAAAUCAAAAUGUUCCACGGAGGUAUAUGGGCUAAGCUGCAAGGCUUCUACAAGUGGUAUGUGCUGGGUCUGGUGUCGAUCGGCUACAUCCUAGGAGAGCUCGGACAUUAUCUUAUAGGUACUACAUCGAAAGUGACGGCAGAUGAUCUCCACUACGGAGACAAGUCGUGCAUGCUGAACCUGACGCACGUGUCACUGAGCGACUUACCAGUUGUCUGCGAGAAAGUCAACUCAAGUGAUAUAUGUGAGACUCUAACCCUGAAUGGAACGCGGUACUGCGAGUGGGGUUACAAUGGACUCGGCAUUGACUACCAAGUGCUGGCGGGCCCCGCCUUCAUGGCAGUUUUCACUGUCGUUGGAGUCAUACUUGGCGUGGUCGCUGACAAAUUCAACAGAGCACGAAUCCUUUCCUUCUGUACCUUAAUCUUCGUGAUCGCGAUUCUUCUGAUGGGCACUGUCAAGGAGUACUGGCAUCUAGUCCUCCUGCGUAUGAUAAUGGCGGCUGGAGAAUCUGGUUGCAAUCCGCUAGCUACAGGCAUUCUGACGGAUCUGUUCCCUGAGAAACAGAGGGCCCUGGCGCUGUCCAUCUUCAACUGGGGUAUCUAUGGAGGAUAUGGUAUCGCCUUCCCUGUUGGACGUUAUAUACCUGAUGUGAAUGCUUGGGGACUGAGCUGGCGUGUAUGCUACUUCGGAGCCGGUAUCGUUGGUCUGGUCAUCACAGUGCUCACUUUCCUCACUCUUCGGGAACCUUCCAGAACUACUAUUGGAGAAGAAGGAACCGCAAAGACGAAUGACACCACUGUGGAAUCCGGCAAGAAGAUCCCUCAGGUGACGAUCUGGCAUGUGAUUGCGCAGCCCAGGAUUAUUCUUCUGUGUCUAGCUGCCUCUAUCAGACAUUGUGGUGGCAUGUGUUUCGCGUACAAUGCGGACCUGUAUUACCGUGACUACUUCCCUGAUGUGGACCUAGGCUGGUGGUUGUUCGCUGUCACUGUUGGUAUCGGCUCCAUCGGUGUCGUCGCUGGAGGAGUCAUCUCAGACAAGUAUGUAGAGAAGAUGGGUGUUCGUUCAAGAGUAUUGGUUCUUGCGCUGUCUCAACUGAUUGCCACCCUCCCCGCCUUCGGCUCUGUGGUGUUCGGACCUCUAUGGGCCAUGAUCACUCUUGCUAUUUCCUACUUCUUCGCUGAGAUGUGGUUCGGUAUCGUCUUCGCCAUCCUCGUGGAGAUAGUACCUCUGUCAGUCCGAUCUACCACAGUCGGAGUGUUCCUCUUCGUGAUGAACAACGUGGGAGGAAACCUGCCCAUCCUGGUCGACCCUGUCUCCAAGAUCAUAGGGUACAGGGAGGCCAUCAUGAUCUUCUACGCUGGAUUUUAUGGCAUUAGCAGCAUAAUGUUCUUCCUAACAAUGUUCCUGAUGGACGGUCCUAUAGAGAAACCAGCCACAGAAGAGCCCUCAAACAAACGCAGUGGUCUCGACAACAGAGCUUUUACCCAAGAUGAACUGCCAGCCAGAAAUACAGGCAGACCUCUACCUUCAGCAGUCAACGAACGGUUGUAAAUUGAAAAAGGACUUUCCACGCUUUAGUUGGGGCCAUAACUGACCUGAAUAAUAUUCGAUCUGUUAGCAAAAAUAAAUCAGCAACGAGGCCCCAGGGCCGUACUUAGGACGUCUUUGUGUGCAAUAAAGUACAAAAUGAAUGCAUAACCCGACUUUGUAUAUAGCUUACGACGAAGUUACUUAGUUAUUGGUUGAAUUGUAAUAAAUAAAUAAAAAAUAUGCGUUAUUCCCAAAGUUAAUCGUUAUUAAUUAGGUGAUUCGGACCAUAUAUAUAUGCUGUAAAAUGUUUCUUAAAAAAGUUUGUAUAACUGUUGAAUCCGCCUACGCGAUUUCAAGUUUGUAGAAAAGCCUAAAUAUGACAUUUCUCAUACAAUGCAUGUUCCUUUAGGAGUAAGCAAAAUUUAUUAUAGCUAAUUCAUUAUAAUGCAGUGCUAAAAUAAGGUUUCUGACUGACUGAGCCUGUAUGUAUGAAGGAGCUUACAUUAAUGCUGAUCAUUUAAUGUGCAUUGUCGUUAGUACCUAUAAGGUAUGUCUGAGUGUUAAGUUUUAUUUUAAGUUAUUUUUAAGUAGUUGUGUUAAGGUCGUUUUAUUUAUUUUCAUGAAGAAUAUAAAGUUAAUUCAAUGUCUGUUUACAAAAUAACUUUUGCAUACCUACCUCAAAAUUAUGUGUAUUGAAAAAUCACCAUUAUUUCUAGCACUGUGGUGAAUCCCAGCUACUGUUGUUUUAAUCAAAAAGAUUAUAUAAAACUGAAAAACAAUGUUAUUUUAAAAAUACCAGAUCUAUUAAUACUUACGAAAUUUUUAAAACAAAAGUUGUUUUUAUUCUUAAUUUUGAGUUUAUUCGCAAUAAAUUCCUUACCAUAAAAAUUAAAACCAUACAAUUACAAAUAAGUGACAAUGAGCUGAUGUUGUAAAUUACUAUACUUGAGUAGGUUCAUUGUAG